AUGAGACUUUUUGCUAUCCAUUAUUUUAUUUUUUCAUUCUUUUUGGUAUUAUUUUGGCCGAAUUUUACUUUAAGUAAUAUCGUUGUUAACACCGAUCGUGGACAAGUUAUUGGAACAAUGGUAAAUUUAUAUGGACAAGAUAUUUAUAUAUAUCGGGGCAUACCUUAUGCUAUGCCCCCUAUUAAUGAAAGGCGAUUUCAACCACCAAACGAAUUGCGUAUGAAUUGGACUGGUGUUAAAAAUGCUAGCCAAUAUUCAGCAUCUUGCCCGCAAAAGACACCUAUAUCUUGGCUAGAUCAACAAGAUUCAUCAUCUCAAAUUAAUGAAGACUGCCUAUAUUUAAAUGUGUUUACGCCAGAGCCUAGUGUUGAUGGCAAUCUCUCUGUCCUGGUCUGGAUUCAUGGUGGUCGAUUAAUUGUAGGUUCUGGGGCAUGGUGGCAAGGCCAAACUCUAGCCGCUUCGGAGAAUAUUGUUGUUGUAACAUUAAAUUACAGGUUAGGCAUUUUUGGAUUUAUGUCAAGUGGUGAAAGUGGAACGCAACGAGAAUUUGCGGCUAAUAAUGGUCUCUUGGAUCAGCAAUUAGCUCUAAAAUGGGUAGCUAAAAAUAUUCAACGAUUUGGUGGCGAUCCAAAAAGAGUAACGAUUGCUGGUAAUUCUGCUGGCGCAUUCUCUGUGGCUUACCAUACUAUCAUGCCCAGUAGCUUUCCAUAUUAUCGUGCAGUAAUCAUACAAAGUGGUCCAUUACUAUUAGAUAUUGGAAGCUAUACGCUAUUGCAAGUUCAAGCACAGUUUAAUCUGUUAGCGCAAGUAACGAAUUGUAGUCGAAGUUCCACCCAGCUUAGUUCUACAUGUAUUAAGGAAUUAUCAACUGAACAGUUACUCAAUGCUCAAUUAAUACUCUUAAAAGCGAGCUUUUUUGCCUUUAAACCAGUUGUCGAUAUGGUAUUACUGCCAGAUAAUCCGGUUACCUUAUUGAAUAAUAACUCGUUUAAUAAGAAGAUAAAAGUUUUAACAGGUAUAACUAAAGAUGAUGGAACGCUUUCCUUCAAUAGUUUUAACGGAUUACCACAUGGCAUAGACCGAAAUACUUUUAAACAACUAGCCCAAGCAUCUUAUGGAAGCUUUGGUCAAAAUGCAGUUAAUGCUAUUAUAUAUAAAUACAGCGAUUGGCAUAAUAUUACCUCACCAAUAGCUAACCGAGAACAGAUGGGUAUAGCUAAUACUGAUGCUGUAUUUUUAGCGCCAACUAUACGAUGCGCAAAUCAAUAUGUUAAGCAAGGAUUGCCGACUUAUUUUUAUGUUUUUAAUCGACGUCCAGCUAAUUCCAUCUACUUUCCAGAAUAUUACGGUGCUACUCACGCUUCAGAAAUUUCUUAUGUGUUUGGAUAUCCUAUUAAUCCACCUAGUUCGUAUCCGGAAAAAUUUGUUGGGAUUGAUCAAACUGUUAGCAAGAAAGUCAUGCGUAUGUGGGCAAAUUUCAUCAAGACAGGAAACCCUAAUGAUCUAUUAACUUCGCCACAAUGGCCACAGUAUGACUUGAUCAAGAAAGGAUACAUCAUGAUUUCCAAUUCCACGACUGCUGGCAAUGAUUACAAACCAGCUGCAUUGGAAUUUUGGAACAAAUACCUGCCUACUCUUGCAGCAAAUUCACGCCCAUGCUCUACAAGUAAACCUACAAAUUACCCUACAAAUGACUCCACAAACAGGCCGAUUACUGCUUCAUUUAUUUCGACUGAGCAGAAUACGAUCUCAUCUGAGACUGCCUUAUCUCAAGUUAUCUCACAACGUUUAUUUAUCGCUACUGUUGCAUUGAGCGUAUUGUGUGGUGUCUUCAUGUUGACAACAGUUAUACUUGCUGUUAUGUUAUCUCGUCGUAAAAGUCAGACCAUAACUAAAUUUUAA